CCCCGCCGCGCUGACGCCCGGGCCGUCCUCCCGUGCCGCCGUGCGGAUGUCUCAGAGGAUUUCACUGUGCUGAAUGCUGUUUUGUUCGCUGUGUGAAGAUACAAGCCAUCUAAAAGCCAUUUCAACUUCAGUGCUUUAUAACCCAGCCUCUGUAAAUUUUGGUACAUGGGAAGAGAGUCUGGAAACAGCAGUGAAUUGCUUCACUUGGCUAUGACUUUUAUUUGUUGUUCCUCUUGAAAGAAGGAUUUUAUGAACUUUUAUUUGAAGACAGACUAAAAUUGCUGCUUUCAGCUUGAAGGUGAUGCUCUGGCCCUUGGGGAAGGCAGUGGUAGUGCAGGAGGUUGGAGUUGGUGUAUCGAGAUUUCUUUCUGCUGCUCAGUUCUUCUGCUCCCAUAUCUGAAGGCAGUGGUUCUGCUGACACAAAGGCUGCAACUCUGAGCCCUAUUCCACCAAGGGCUUCCUAUCCUACCCUGUGCCUUAAAGAUGGAAACUGUAGAAGUGAAUAGUGUAUCCUUGAAACGUCCUCGCUCUGAGGAUGAUGUGGCCAAUGCAGAUGAAAUUAAAAGACAGAAGAUCUUGGAGAAGUCCAAGGCAGAGAACGACUCUGGGCAGAGUAUUGAGAAUGUAACAGAACAACCCAAGGACACGAAAAGUGAAAUAAUCCCCACUGAGGAAAGUGAGGAGCAGGAAGAGGAGGAACUAGAGGAUAGUGAUGAAGAUGGAGAUCCAGAGAGCUUUGCAGACAUGAUGAAGCAUGGACUGACAGAAAGCGAUGUUGGCAUAACUAAAUUUGUUAGCUCUCACAAAGGGUUUUCUGGAAUCUUAAAAGAGAGAUACUCAGACUUUGUUGUCCAUGAAAUAGGCAAAGAUGGACGUGUGAGCCAUUUAGAUGACUUUUCUGUUCCAGUGGAUGAUGAGGACCCAUCAGAAGAAACAUUUACAGUUCUGUCAGACGAAGACAAGCAGCGUUUAGAGGAGCUCCAGCUUUUUAAGAAUAAGGAAACUAGUGUUGCCAUAGAGGUAAUUGAGGACACCAAAGAAAAAAGAACCAUCAUCCAUCAGGCUGUGAAGUCCUUGUUUCCAGGACUAGAGACUAAAACAGAAGAUAGAGAUGGAAAGAAAUACAUUAUUGCUUAUCAUGCUGCUGGGAAAAAAGCAUUGGCAAAGGUCAGAACUGCAACAGAUCCAAGAAAGCACUCUUGGCCAAAAUCUAGGGGAAGCUACUGCCAUUUUGUACUGUACAAGGAGAACAAGGACACUAUGGAUGCCAUCAAUGUCCUGUCCAAAUUUUUAAGAGUGAAGCCAAACAUAUUUUCUUACAUGGGAACUAAAGAUAAAAGGGCUAUAACAGUUCAAGAGAUCGCUGUUCUCAGAAUCACUGCACAAAGACUUGCUCAUUUGAAUAAAUGUUUGAUGAACUUCAAAUUAGGAAAUUUCAGUUACAAGAACCAUCCCCUGAAAUUGGGAGAACUGCAAGGGAACCAUUUCACUGUUGUUCUCAGAAACAUAACAGGAACUGAUGAGCAGAUAGAGCAAGCAAUGCAUUCACUCAGGGAAAUUGGAUUUAUUAAUUACUAUGGAAUGCAAAGAUUUGGAACCACAGCUGUUCCUACUUAUCAAAUUGGCAGAGCUAUUCUACAGAACAACUGGAAUGAAGUAAUGGAUUUGAUAUUAAAGCCACGACCAGGAGCUGAAAAGGGAUAUUUAGUCAAAUGCAGAGAAGAAUGGGCAAAGACUAAAGAUCCAGCAGCAGCCCUCAAGAAACUGCCUGUAAAAAGGUGCGUGGAAGGACAGCUUCUACGUGGACUCUUAAAGUAUGGAAUGAAGAACAUAAUCUCUGCAUUUGGCAUAAUACCAAGAAAUAAUCGUUUAAUGUACAUUCAUAGCUACCAGAGUUAUGUGUGGAAUAAUAUGGUGAGCAAGAGAAUAGAAGAAUAUGGGCUUAAAGCUGUACCAGGAGAUCUCAUACUUAAAGGAGCCACAGCUGUUCACAUUGAAGAAGGAGAUGUUGAUAACUACACUAUCCAUGAUGUAGUGAUGCCAUUGCCUGGAUUUGAUGUUAUUUAUCCAAAGCACAAAAUUGGUGAGGCCUACAAGGAGAUGCUGGUAGCUGACAACCUUGAUAUCAACAACAUGAGGCAUAAAAUCAGAGAUUACUCACUUUCUGGAGCAUACAGAAAAAUUAUCAUUCGGCCUCAGAAUGUCAAUUGGGAAGUUGUUGCAUAUGAUGAUCCUAAAAUCCCAUUAUUUACUACGGAUCUGGAUAAACUGGAAGGAAAACCAUUACCAGUUCUCCCUACAGAUGGCAAAUUCAGGGCACUAAAGAUGGAGUUCUCCCUUCCCCCAUCCACUUAUGCCACCAUGGCGAUUCGAGAAGUUUUGAAAAUGGACACAAGCAUAAAGAACCAGACACAACUGAACACGACCUGGCUGCGCUGAAUGAACUGCAGAACGACUUAAUUUUAACAAAGUGUUUUCUUAUUUACACGUUCUGUACAAAUCUUUAGAGUCACAGUAAGAGAUUUGUAUUUUUUUAAGUUUUUUUAGUGCUAGCAUUUAACUUCAGUAGUCCUUUGCAAGAUGGUGACUGUAACAUAAUACAGAUUUUAGUGACUGGUGCUUUUUACUGAAUGAGUAAGUUACCUGAGCUGUAACAUGGGUGCAUCUUUAGAAUUGUGCUUAUAAUGGCAUUAGACUUGGAAGAAUGUUUAGCUUGCUUUCUUUGGGCAAGCACUGAAUGUUUUCAAGAGGAAGACUUCUGCCACGCUUGAAGUCUUUUCAAAUAUAAUGCAUUACAUGGGGAAAGAAGAAUUACAACAAAAUUAAGAUACUGAUGAACAUAUGUAUUGCUGGAGUUUUGCUGGUAGCAUUUGCACUGAUCCGGUAGCAGAUUCUGUUAGCAGGGCUUUUGUGUGCUGUAAAGCUGUACAGCUCUUUUAAAUAGUUCGACUUUUCAUUGAGAAAAUACUUGUAUUUUCCAGCUAAUACCUGUACCAAAGAACAGGUACUAAAAAUAAACUAACCUGAAACUCUGA